GAACGUGCCAAAUAGAGAAGGGGGGGGGACGGAGUGCGUGGGAUGUACCACUACGAAGUACACCGCAGAGAGCGGGACCUGCGCGCAAAGCAAACAGUGGGGGAAACGCAGGAAGGAGUUGUUUGUUAUAAUGGACUGCGGCAUAUAUGUUAAAUGGAACGUCCCUGCCACUAUGCGGCAGCACACUACUGACCUAUGAUGACUUUGAAGAUGAAAUUUCCUACUGGUAUCCGGAUGAAGAUGAGCUUUUUGAAGAGGAGAACCAAACCGGUGACUGUGGAGAUACCUACUAUGAUCGGAUAGCCUUGUACUGCUGGCCCAAGUUUCAUGCUGCCAUUACAUCUAUAGCUGAGAGCAAUCAGUGUCUCUGGGAAACGAUUGGCAGCAUAUACGGUGAGCUUGCCCUCUGCACUGGGCUGGUGGCCGAAGGCAUGGGCUGUCCUUUGUCCAGCCCCACCCUGGAUACCUUCUUCAUUAGAAUCCACGCUGAAUAUUUUGCCAACUGCACUUUACCCACUGACACCUCUGACCAUAGGCCACCCACAGGAACGGUCAUUGCCUUAGCUGCCCUGCCUGUUUGUCUGGUGCCUCUCUCUGUUGCCCUCACUCUCUGCAAGGCCUGAAACUGCCCUGCUGUGCAUACCAGUUAGAGUUGGAACGGUGCUGGGGGGUGGGGGGAGGGGCUGGUUCCUGGGUUCCUAGUCUAGAAGGGCAAUGGGAACAACUAAACUAAAGCGUGCGGGAGGGAUUGGUUGUCAAGAUUAUGGCCUGGUUGUAUGACAGAGCUGAGCUGUUUCUUUGUAUAUCCUUGUGCUAGACUCUAGUGGCUAGAACUAUGUGAUCACUCAUCUCCUAAGGUUCUUGGUGGAGUCAUCACUGUGCAUUUUGAAUGGUACUGGCCUAGGUGGGUUUAGACAAAAUGCUAAACUGUGAUUAAUGGUUUAGUGCAGGGGUCGGCAACUUUUGGCACUCUAGCUGUUGUUGAACUACAAUUGCCAUCAUCCCCAGCUACUAAUUUAUUGUGUCUGGGGAUGAUGGGAAUUGUAAUUUGGCAACAACUGAAGUGCCAAAGAUUGCCUAACCCUGGUUUAGUGUUAUUACCUUCUUCCAUUCAUGCGUGGGGAGAGGAAAGUAAUAGUUUCCGCUAGCACUUCAGCUGGUGAUUUGACAUUGGCAAAUUGCAGAUUGUUUUAACCAUAGUUUGUUAGCAAGUCAGGAUAUCCAAUCUUCCUCCUUUGAUAUCCUGGCUUGUUAACAAAUUGUGGUUGGAACAUACCACAAUUUGCUGUGUUGCAAUAAAAUAUUGUGCUUUGUUCUAAACCACAAUGGAAGAUGCUAAUUUCCUCCCUUUUGUGCAUGAAGGGGAGGGAGGAGCCCAUAAGAUCAUGCUAGUAAUGCUAAACACUAAUUUAGUGUUACAUCUGAAUCCACCCACUGUUUUCAAGGCUGCUCUCUGCUUCUGUUACUGUUUCUGUCUAGAUUGCAUGGUGAUGGAUUCAUUUUUGGAGUACUGUAUUGUGCUAAUAGGAAUACUAAUA